CGCGAAAACUGUUUACUAUUUUAGUGUUUCAUUAUAUACUUGUAAUUGAAGUUCAAUUGUAUUUUGUGUUUAUUUUAAAAACAGAUAUUUUUGCCGUAAUAUUGUAUAAAAUACUACUUUUUUGUUAACAAUUGUAAUCCAAAACGAAAUCCCGAUUUAUAAGUGUUUGCCAAUUGUAUUGCCAUUGAGUUGUGUACUGAGAGUCACUCAUAAGUGGCUAAGAAGUGGCUGAGAAGUGGUGACCAAAAUGUCGGUUCACUAUAAGUUCAAGAGUAUCAAAGACAAGCACACAGUCAUCUUCGAUGGCCUCCACAUAUCGGUGGCAGACCUCAAGAAGGCUAUUAUGCAACAGAGAAAGAUCGGCAAAAGCUCUGAUCUCGACCUCCAGAUCACGAACCCUCAGACCGGAGAAGUGUACGACUCGGACACGACUUUGAUCCCAAAGAACACUUCUGUGGAAGUGGCGAGAGUUCCAGUGACUGGCAAUCAUAAGAAGUCAUGGUAUGUCGCG